AUGGCGGAAGCUCCAAAGCCCAGCAGCAGCGUCAAGCUGGUGCUCCUCGGUGAAGCCGCAGUCGGAAAGUCAUCCCUCGUCUUGCGAUUCGUCAACAACGACUUCCAGGAGAACAAGGAGCCGACUAUUGGUGCGGCGUUUCUGACGCAGAAAUGCAAUCUGCCCACACGAACCAUCAAGUUUGAGAUCUGGGAUACCGCCGGCCAAGAGCGAUUUGCCUCUCUGGCGCCCAUGUACUAUCGAAACGCCCAGGCCGCCCUUGUCGUCUACGACAUCACCAAGCCCACAUCUCUCGUCAAGGCCAGACACUGGGUCGCCGAGCUCCAACGACAAGCCUCGCCUGGCAUCGUCAUCGCCCUGGUAGGAAACAAGCUAGAUCUGGCUGGCGAAUCGCAGGGUGCAAGCGAGGAAGCCGAGGGCGGGGAAGAGGGCGAUGCCCGCAAGGUGUCAACGGAAGAAGCCCAGGCGUAUGCCGAAGAGGAGAGUCUGUUAUUUUUCGAGACAAGUGCCAAGACGGGCCACAACGUCACCGAAGUCUUCACAGCCAUUGCAAAUGCGAUCCCCGAGACAUCUCUCAAGAGUGCUAGGGGACCCGGCGCAGCAGGCACGGCCAACAGGGCUGGAGAGGAGCAGAGAGUGAACCUAUCAGGACCAAGGGAUGCGGGCGCAAAGGAUGGAUGUGCCUGUUAGAGGGGGGAUGUUUGAUUUGUUAUACAAGGUACAGGCUACGCUACCCGCCAGAUGAGGUCGGAUUUGUUAUGGCAUGUCAUUCGGGAGUCAGAGUCUUGCGUUCCAGGAGUCAUUCGCGUGUUAUAGUUUUGUGCGCCAUAUCGUUUAUUAUUUAGACGUCUAGUUUCUGCUACAAUAGUACCUCGCCAGCGUCCGACUGUUGUUGUGGCAAAG